ACGACGAGCUCUCAUUUUUUUCGCUCUUUUGCGGCAGGAGGCCGACGACGCUCGCCGAUAGCGCCUCCAAUCGAUAUCUCGGAUUCGUGGCCAGGGAUUGCGAGAUUGAUGCGCGCUCCAGCUCGCGCGGCGCCGCGACGAAUUUCCAGGGAUUAUAGGCUACGUCAGCUGAGUAAUCCAUCGCUGGAGCUCGUGCGCGAGCAUAGGGUAAGCGGCGAGGCGCCCGCAUUCUAGGGUUCUUCGGCAUUCCAGUGCGGUCCGCGGAAGCGAUGAAGAAGCCAGCGCCGGCCUUGAUUCCUGCGGAUGAGGAGGCGGCGGCGGUGGCGCAGCAGCGAUUGGCAGCGGCUGACGCCGGCGGCGCCAUGGAUAGCUCGUCCGUCUCGGCGUCAUCUCGCGCGGCUCGGGGUGGCGACAACGGCGCUAGCGACGAGCAGCCGCGGGAGGGCGGGCAGGAGUCCGUGGUGGUGGAGCGGCGGGGCGAUUUUGCGGUGGUGUGUAAGUGGACGAUCGUCCAGUUCUCCAAGGUCAAGGCCCGCUCGCUGUGGAGCAAGUACUUCCAGGUCGGGGGCUACGAUUGCCGGCUGCUCGUCUAUCCCCGCGGCGACUCGCAGGCCCUUCCCGGAUACCUCUCCAUCUAUCUCCAGGUGACCGAUCCCUCGUCAUCGUCAAAGUGGGAUUGCUUCGCCAGCUACAGGCUUUGCGUCGUCAACCAGCGCGACGAGAGCAAGUCCAUCCAGCGGGACUCGUGGCACCGGUUCUCCGUGAAGAAGAAGUCGCAUGGAUGGUGUGAUUUCACGCCGUCGACCGUGGUGCUGGAUCCCAAGAGCGGGUUUCUUGUCAACGAGUCGGUGCUCAUCACGACGGAGAUCCUCAUCCUCAGCGAGGUGACGAGCUUCAACCGCGACAACAACGACCUCCUCUUGGCUCCCCCGCCGGAGGCUCUCAGUGGCAAGUUUACGUGGAAGGUCCAGAACUUGUCGCUCUUCCGGGACAUGAUCAAGACGCAGAAGAUCAUGAGCCCCGUGUUCACUGCCGGGGAAUGCAACCUCCGGCUCAGCGUUUAUCAGUCGUCGGUUGGCGGUGUGGAGUACCUGUCGAUGUGCCUCGAGAGCAAGGACACGGAGAAGACGUCGUCCUCGUCGGAGCGGAGCUGCUGGUGCCUCUUCCGGAUGUCGGUGCUAAACCAGAAGCCCGGGCUGAGCCACAUGCACAGAGACUCGUAUGGGCGCUUUGCCGGGGACAACAAGAGUGGGGACAACACCAGCCUGGGAUGGAACGACUAUAUGAAGAUCUCCGAUUUCAUGGCUCCGGAGAUGGGCUACCUCGUUGACGAUUCCGCGACUUUUACUGCGUCCUUCCACGUGAUAAAAGAGUCGAGCAGCUUUGUCAAGACGCCCAUCGGCAACCGCUCCGUGAGGAAGAGUGACGGGUACCAGGGGAAGUUUCUUUGGAAGAUCGAGAACUUUACCAAGCUCAAAGAUCUGCUGAAGAAGCGGAGGAUCACGGGGCUUUGCAUUAAGAGCAAGCGAUUUCAAGUUGGCAAUCGGGACUGUCGCCUUAUUGUCUAUCCUCGAGGACAAUCGCAGCCGCCCUGCCACCUUUCUAUGUUUCUGGAGGUUACGGACUCCAGAAAUUCGUCGGCAGAUUGGAGCUGUUUCGUUAGCCACCGCCUUUCUGUGGUUAAUCAUCGUGAGGAGCGCUCCGUUAUCAAGGAGUCUCAGAACCGAUAUUGUAAGGCUGCUAAGGACUGGGGGUGGCGUGAGUUUAUCACACUCACCAACCUUUUCGACCAGGAUUCUGGUUUUCUUGUUCAGGACAUGGUCACAUUUUCUGCAGAAGUACUAAUUUUGAAGGAGACAUCAAUGAUCACUCCCGACUGUGAAGGGAAGUCAGGUGUCAAUGGGAUGGAAUGUGGAGCUAACCAGGGGAUGUUUACCUGGAGAGUUGAGAACUUUUUGGCUUUCAAAGAGAUCAUGGAAACUCGGAAGAUAUUCAGCAAGUUUUUCCAGGCUGGGGGCUGCGAACUUCGAAUCGGUGUUUACGAAUCUUUUGACACACUCUGCAUUUAUUUGGAGAGCGAUCAGUCCCCUGGUACCGAUCCUGACCGCAAUUUCUGGGUCCGGUACCGUAUGGCGGUCGUAAAUCAGAAACACGCCGAUCGAACUGUUUGGAAAGAGUCCUCCAUCUGUACAAAAACGUGGAAUAACUCCGUGCUCCAGUUUAUGAAGGUUUCCGACAUGGUGGAGCCAGACGGUGGGUUUAUGAUGCGUGACACGAUCGUAUUUGUUUGCGAGAUUCUGGACUGUUGCCCGUGGUUUGAGUUCUCGGAUUUGGAGGUUUUAGUCUCCGAUGAUGACCAAGAUGCUCUUUCGACUGAUCCGGAUGAGUUACUGGAGUCUGACGACUCCGACGGUAGCAGCGAAGACGAAGAAGAUAUUUUCAGGAACUUACUUGCAAGAGCAGGCUUUCAUAUGAGCUACGGUGACAAUCCUCAGCGGCUUCUCGAUCCCCGGGAAAAAGUUUCCAUGGACGCAGGAGCAGUCGCAGCAUUUCUAACUGAUCUCCGUGUAUAUCUGGACGAUCCGGUGAAGGUGAAACGUCUGCUUUUACCCGCUAAAGUCUCCACGGUCGCAAGUUCGUGCAAGCUGGGGAAUGGUAAAGAGGCGACAACUUCUCCUAGUUUGAUGAACCUGUUUAUGGGAGUCAAGGUGCUUCAACAGGCCAUUGUCGAUCUUCUGCUGGAUAUAAUGGUGGAGUGCUGCCAGCCUGCAGAAUCGAAGAAGCAUAACGACCGUCAGAAUGGGAAGCUUCAAGCGGUUCCAGAGAGUGCCAAGAUUGAUCUCAACUCGAGAGAAGGUGGCACUGCUGCUUUGAAUGAAGAGGAUUCUGCACAGAGGGUGUUCAACCAGAGGCUGGACGACGCUGCUGAUGGCAUUGGCUGCCUACAAGCGGUACAAAGCUGUGAAAUAGAUGGUAAAAGUGUCGCUCAAGUACCUGAAUCAGAGCCAUCAGUAAUCCAUUCAAACGAGCUAAGAUGGCCUGAACAAUCGGAAGAGCUCUUUCGGCUGAUCGUGAACUCCUUGAGAGCUUUAGAUGGGGCUGUUCCACAAGGCUGUCCAGAACCAAGGAGACGACCACAGUCUGCGCAGAAGAUGGCUUUGGUCUUAGAGAGGGCUCCGAAAUACCUGCAACACGAUCUCCUGGCGCUCGUUUCUAAACUUGUGGAUCCUUCCGAACAUCAAUCGGUCGCUUCCACACUUUUAGAUUGGCUUCAAAGAAAGGACACGGACAUCAACUUGCGUCUAGCGGGUCUUGGGGCAUUGGUCCAACUUGAUCUGAAUACGGAAGUUUGGGAACAAAUCCUCCAGCACGCGCUGCGGAUUUUUGCCCACUCUGAAGACGAGGCUCUGAUUACCAUUAUCACAUACAUUUUUAAAGCUGCCGCCAAGUGUUAUCAACUUCCGCAAGCGGUGAAAGCCGUGCGAGGGAGGCUCAAGAUGCUAGGGACUAGUGUUUCUCCAAAGGUUCUUGAGGUAGUAAGAGACAUGAUAUUCACUUGUCCUGGUGUGGGAGAAGCAUUACUUAGGGACAUCGACGCAGAUAGUGAAUGCAGUGAUAGCGACGGUCUUUCAGUUUUUGGUUAUGGGGGACAGGGCGACGCAGCAAGAAUCGCAGAUGUAGAUAUUUUGUUGGAGAUGCUCAACGUUUCUCCUUUCGUAGUAGAAGCUCAACGGUUGAUCGAGAGGGUGGUGGCAAGGGGUACCAUUAGUAAUUCUUCUGUGUAUAAGGUGUUAUGCAUCCGACGGGUUGGGAAGGCAAAGGAUUCCAGGGACGCAGGCAGUGCCUCACGGAGCCCUGACUCAACGUCAAGUCCGGACUGCAUGUUUACGGCUCUUCUGGCACUCGUGAAGGCAAUAUCCAGCUCCAAGGAUUCCAAGGUUCGUGAAUUUGUCAGCACUUUGUACACUGACAUGUUCAAGUUAUACUGCGAUGACGGCUUGCGGGAACGCAUGGUUCGGGGUCUUGUAGAACGUGCGACGAACAGCAGUAGAUGUGGGGACGAUGAUCAGCUAGAGAUGAACAUUUUGACGCUUUUAGUCAAGCAGGAGGAAGGGAAGGAAGGGAAGGAGUUGAAGAUAGUGCCUACCGUUCUGCGUAUGAUGCGUAAAGCGGUACAACAAGCAAACGUCGAGUGCGCUUCAAUUCGGCAGCAGCUGUCUGCCCGCGAAGAAGAGCUUGCGAAGGUUCGGAGUGACAAGCAAAAUGAAGUCACCCGGUUUGCACGAGAGAAGGCUUCGCUUUCGCAGCGUCUCUCAGAAGCUGAGGCUGGACAGUUGCGGGUUAAGUUAGAGCUGAAGGGAGAGAUAGAGCGUUUGUCGAGGGAUAAAAAUGAGGCGAUUGAGCGGUUGAGAGACACCGAGAGCCAGCUCGAGUGGUCUCGUUCAGAGCGGGAAGACGAACAAGCCAGCCAUGCGUCUGAACGGAAGCGUCUUGAAGACCGAUUGCGUGACGCUGAGUCCCAGAUAUCGCAAUUCAAACGCAAACGCGACGAUCUAAAGAGGAUUACGAAAGAGAAGACCGCGCUUGCCGAAAGACUGAAGUCCACGGAGGCCGUGUGUGCAAACUACGCCGAAGAGUUCGACCGUCUAUCGGCAAAGUCUGUCACGCGAGACGAGCUGUGCCGGUCGCAGGAAGAGGAUAUCCGCAAACUAAAGGAAGCGCUAGAGCGAUCCGAGGAAGACAGCCGUGGGAAGGACCUACAGAUAAGUCAGUACAAAUCGUAUGCUCACAACAUGGACACUACAAACCAGGCACUACAGGAACGCGUCGAGAGCCUGCAGUCGUCGAUCCGAGAGGAGCUCCACAUGCACGCGCCUCUCUACGGCGUGGGCCUGGAGACGCUCUCCUUUGGCGAGCUGGAGAUUUUGGCGAGAAUACACGACGAGGGGCUGAGGCAAGUGAGAGCUCUCCAGAUGGCGCUUCGCGGUGACUUGCACGCUGCUCCUCCGCCGCCGCCGAGGCAUUUCGGACUGCCCGCCGUGGCGCGGCCGAGCAGCAACGGCACGGCCGGGUUCCAUGGAAGUGGACGCGCCAAUGGUACAGUAAGCUCCUGGUUUCCUUCGACAUCAUAAAAGACGCAGGCGUUUUAUGUUAGAGAGACGACGAGCACUACCACUACUGCUGCUACUAAUAACAGACCGUGUAGAGGCUAUUAAGAUUUUGAAUGCCCGGAUUAUCUGAGCAUUACAUCGUCCGUCCAGGUUCUCUUUUUUAAUUUUUUCCUUUAUCGUUUUUCUAUUGCAUUUCUCUCCUCUUUGUUUGAGAACAGGUGGUCGCCCUUGUAAAGCUCUCUUUUUGUCAUCACGACUAAAAUGCAUUUUCUUUCUAGUUUUUGUAGAAAGCGCAGCCAGGAAAAAGCUUUAAAAAGUAAAAAAAAAAGCAAAAAUUUCUCCGUGUU